AUGUCGGACUUAACAGAUGAAGAUAUUUUAAAUCUUGAGCGUUCAAUACAACAUCCACAUUUUAUUGAACUUGUCGAUUCGAAUAGUCCAGCAAGUGCCGCCAGUCUCAAAAUUCGCGAUGUUGUUCUUGCUGUUAAUAAUAAAGAUGUAUCUGAGAGUGAAUAUAUUGAAGUAACAAAGGCUAUUAAAGAUGUACGAGAUAGCAAUGAUCGCCUUGAAUUACUUGUUAUUCAAAAACAUUUUUAUGAUAUAUUAAAAGAAAAUGGCAUCUCAUUCAAUCCUAGAUUCGCUCAAGUAAUUGACACACCCAAACAAAUGCCAGGUGAUUACAUGAAUUUUUCUAAACAUACACCACGUACAUGCGAAAUACGUUUAAGUACAACUGAUCAAACAUUUGGUUUCGAUAUUGUUUAUGGUAAAUAUGAUAUUGGCGCAUAUAUUCAAGAAAUAGCUCCGGAUUCACCAGCUAGUCCAACAAUAUUACGUAAAAAUGAUCGAGUCCUUGAGAUUAAUGAUAAAUUUAUUGAUAAUGAACCACGUAAAAUAAUAGAAAAAAGAUUGAUUGAAGCAAAAUUAAAACGUUUCAUAAAAUUAUAUGUUGGUGAUACACAUACAUAUAUAUUUUUUCAAGUAAAUAAUAUACCAUUAGAAUCAAAAAAGUUUUAA